UUAAACUUUUGACCCUCGUCACCUCGACUGUCACCUUGACCGGCAUUGCACGAUUGCACUACACUAAAGGGCCCACUUCAGUACCACACUCACGCUUUUCUCCAAUAUGGGCAUACCCUACUCCCGCGAAAUUAAUGCAGCCUUCGAGCAAGUCACUCCGCUUGUAGCCGCCGGUUUCAAAGUCCUGCGCACCACAAAGAACAUCUCCAUCGUUCUCGCCAUCAUCCAAGUGCUCACCGUCUUGUUUCUCGGGCUGAUUUUGCUCGCGCUAAUCACGCUGAUAUACACCGUGAACCCAGAUCUAGAAGAAGAAAGGCAACAGCUCAUAACCCCCUGGCUGAAGUACUACGCGCACAUCACACUCUUCGGCAUCAUCAAAACCAUCAUCACCUCCUCGCUGGUGAUUGGCGCAGUCGGCUUUGCAGCAUGGCGCGCGUUCUUGUUCGAACAGUGGGUCGAAGAUGUAGAGUACGAGGCAAAUAUUGAUGCGAACAAGGCGCUUGAGGAUCUUGAGGAAGAUGAGGCGGCUAAGAAGAAAGGGAAGAAAAAUGGAAAGAAGGGGAAGGCGAAGGCGAAGAGCGAGGCCGAUAAGAUUUUGGAAGAGGAGGGCAAGAAAUAAGGCUGUGAAGAUGCUCAAAUCACAUGUACGGCUAUUGGAGAAGAGUAACAUGAGCCAAAUAGCAUAGUCCUAAACGAUACUUGCCCAUUCAGUUGAGUUGGACACUUUA